CAGAAAAAGAACGGCUUAAAACUGGAUACAGCAACAUAUCAACAUUUGAAUGUCAGGAUGACAUCCAAAGGCAAACGUCCGUUAAGAAGCCUUACACCAAGCGACAAAGUUCAAGCAAUACAAAGGAUACAUGAUGGUGAAUCAAAAGCUUCGGUGGCACGAGAUAUUGGGGUACCAGAAUCCACAUUGCGCGGUUGGUGUAAAAAUGAAGAAAAAUUACGGUAUAUGUCACGUCAAUCAGCACCAGAUAAAAUGGCAGCUGACUCACUUACUGAUAAAUUGGUUGAUGGAGCUGCUGCUGCAGCUGCUGCUUUAUUAAGUGGUGCUGGUGGACCACAAGAAAAACGUCAAAAGUUAGAUUCAUCUUUACCAUUAAAUUUUUCCAAUAAAAUAAAAUAUGACGAGUUAGCUUACAAACGUAGUCCAUUAAAUGGAUUAGACUUUAGUGCUAAUAAAGCUAUUUCAGAAAUGGGUUUUAAUGGUUUGGGACCAGAUUAUAGCAAUGCAUUUAAGAAUCCAGAUUUUGCUGCUGCAUUAAAUGGUGCAAAAAAUAAAGGUUUUGGUGGAGCAGAUUUAUCACGACCAUCAGAUCCAUCUUUGGCUGCAAUAAGUCCUUUAACUAGUUUAUCACAUUUAUCAGGAUUAACUGGUUUAUCACAUAGUCCAUUAGCAAUUAGUUUCAAUGAAUUAACAUCAAAUUUAAAUUUAAUUGCACAAUUGAAUCCUAGCCUAGCGGCGAUGUCUGGUUUGAAUGGUUUAAACAAUAACACAUUGCGUAAUUUGAAACCGAAACCACCAGCUCAUAGUCCAAGAAAUGAAAAUGAAAAAACGUCUCCAACAGGUUUAACAGUAAAGAAUUGGGCCAAACAACAGCAAUCACAACAAGCAGCACAACCUUCACCCCAAACUCAGCAACAGCAGCAACAACAACAACAAGCAGACCAACGUUCGAAUUCUGUAGGUGCUUCAGAUAGUUUCACUGGAUUGAAUUUAAGUUCCGAUAACAAAACAAAAAUGAAAAGCCCAUCUCCAUCAUUACCACCACCUUCAAUAAACCGUAAUGGCCAUAUUGAAGAUCCACUGUUAUAUUGGUUAAAAUCACAGCAAGCAAUGUUAGGACUUAAUAAUUUGUAUACAACACCUAAUCCAAGCUCCACAAGUCCGCCAAUCAGAGCAUCAACACCACAAAGUCAAGCAGGUCAGCAAACUGCUAGCGCUACACCACCCAUAUUCUCCACUCCACAAACUCCAUCAUCCACACCAUCUGGAAGUUCAGAUGAUACCAAAAAUUCGGCUUGGUUUAACUGGUGUAAAGCGUUUGGAGCUAGUCUCACCACAUUAACGCCAGGUGGUCAAAAUCCGUUAAGUAUUAAUGCCGGGAGCAUUGAUAUGAAACCCCAAUAUGAAAAUAUUUUGUAUUCACAUUUAACCAAAGAUCCUAGUGUUAUUGAUAACCUAAAUAACAACGAAAUCACUACAACACAUAAUCAUCAUCAUCAUCAUAAUAAACCAGAAGAUUUAUCAGCAAAAUCCACUGGAAGUAAAAGUCCACGUUCUACAACCACUCCAGAUGGUGUUGUUAAAAGCGAAGCUGAUACUGUCACAAAUUCCAAAGAAACCUUGGACAAUCUCUUGUAUAAACUUAAUUCAAAUGGUAGUGAAAGUGAUGCCAGUUAUAAUAGUGAUAGCUUAAAUAAUAAUAACCAUCAGCAUAAUAAUAAUAACAAUAGUGACAAAACGGAUCAAGAAGAAGAUAAAGAUGAAAAAUAUUCAAUUGAUAAAUAUGGUGACGAAAAUAUUAAUGACGAUGAUAUUGACGGCUUGUAUGAAGCUUUAGAGCAUGGUGAAAAAUUUUUGAAAUGGUUAGAAAAUUGUAGUAAUCCAAGAGUAACUGCUGUACAAUUAAUGCAAUUAAGAUUUUUAAUAACAGCGAUUAGAGCUGGCACCGAAAAUAAGAAAUUAAUAAAUAAUUUUGAUUCUCAACAAUUACAACAGAGAACAAAAAUUCGUCGUCGAAAAUAGGGUCAAC